AUGGGGGAAAUCGCAGCGGCAGACCGGCGAGGAAAAGGGAAGCGAUGCACAGCGAGGUCGAAGAUGAUUCAAUUGCACAGUGCGGAGACUGCAACUCGAUUCCAUUGCGCGACAAGGCAAAUUUGCAUGCCCAGUGCAUCGGCAGUGCAUCCCGACUUUCCGCGAUUGCAUUGCGCGACAAAAAAAUUCCGCUUGCACAGUGCAAUUCACCCCUCAAAUGAUUCAAUGCACCGUGCAGUCGGGAAGAAAAGCGAGAAGCCCACUCAGCCGCACAGUGCGAUCGCAAACACACCCAAGGGAUGGUUCCAACGCACGGUGCGCCAAAUCCCGCACCCCCAAAAGUUUGUCGCCGCCGCGUCGCACUCUCUUCUCUCGCCUCGUUCGGGUCGCCGAUUUGUCGCCGCUCUCUCUUCCCGCAAAAAACUGUGCAGCCGACUGCACCGUGCAUUCUCGCACUCGGCUCGGGAAGAAGAGGGGAAUGCGACGAAAUGGGGGGAGGAAAUCUGCUCAAAUGCCUGCGGGCAAACAAUUUGGACGCGAGAGUGCGGAAAGAAGGAAAAUGGAUGGAAAAUGUUCUUUUUGCGGAUUCACUGGCGACAAAUUUUAAUGCAAUUGUAA